CUUUUUUCACACCCAUGUAGCUGCAGUAACUCUCCGUCUGGAAUUUGGGACGUUUGCCUCCAUCUAUCGACAUCAGCGCACAACUUGUCCACUUCUCUUUAUAAUUUAUGACUUUUUGAAACUUAGCAGACUAACUAACUAACUAACUAACUAGAAUAACUGUAACUAACCAAAAUAGCUGAACGCGUAGCCAUUCCCAUUUUAAUGGAAUUGCUGUUUUUUCUUUGUAGUUGCGUUUUAUUUUAAGACGCAGCCGUUUCUCUUCAAAAUAAAGUUUUGUUUUGAAACGUCCGUCCUGCAUAAUAAUCCGACCGGAAACACACGACUUGUUGACUGUUGAUGGACUCGGCUACGAGUUGCCCUUCAUGUCGUUGUAGAAUAAUUUGGCACUCCUGAACCGUCAAACAAAAACACGGUGAAUUUGUUUGUUGGCAAAUGGACGGUGUGCCUUGCCUUCGUGUGUCAAAGUGUCAUGCACAGAAGUUCAGGAAGUGCUUACAGUUCAAAGGAGCUCUGGAUCCGAGUUUGUGUCUACAGAAAGACUCAGACGAGACUGUCCUUCUGCCUAUUUUACCAUCCUUUCUGUCACAACUUGAUCUGCAGGCUCUCAGAUUCACGUUGGCGUCAGAUGAAACUUGUGAAAUAGUUUGGAGUCAGUCUCCUGUACAAUCAAAGAAGGAAAGAGGAGGGACGACAGUUAAUAAACUUGAGAAAAUCCUCCAGGAGCUGUUGGAGUCUCAUGGUGAAAGAUGGACAGAGGAGUUGAGAGGGGACCUCCCUCACAGCUUCCAGAGGCAUGAAGACCUAGUCCUACUGGGAGUCAAAUGUUUCUCCCAACCACUGUGGAAGAAAAUGGAUCAACAACUAUGGAGUGCAGUGGCUAAAGGACUGGGAGCGAAGCGCCUGGCAAAGAUGAGUCGAAUAUCCAGAGAUGGAUUUAGAUCCCCUAUAGUGACAAUGCUGUUAGGUGAACACAGUUGGGUCAGACAUGUGGACAAUGGUAUUACGUAUGAGUUUAAUGUUACCAAAUGCAUGUUCUCAGCUGGAAACAUAACAGAGAAGCUCCGGGUGGCUGGAUUUGACUGCAAAGGGGAGACUGUGGUGGAUUUAUAUGCAGGUAUUGGAUACUUUACUCUCCCAUAUCUGGUCCACACGGGGGCCAGUCAUGUUCAUGCCUGCGAGUGGAACCCUGAUGCUGUUGAAGCUUUACAGAGAAACCUUGAGGCAAACGGGGUGUCAGAUCGCUGCACAAUUCAUCAAGAAGACAACCGACAACUCAGUCUAUGUGACAUUGCUGACCGGGUGAACCUUGGUCUCAUCCCGAGCUCUGAGGACGGCUGGCCUGUUGCCUGUCGGCUACUGAAGAAGACAACUGGUGGCAUUUUACACAUUCACCAGAAUGUUACUUCACCAUUACCUAACACAGCAGCCUUUCCCACCAGCGGUGAUGCUGCUCACAGAGUCUCUGGGAAGAAGGCUGACAGAGAGGCGUGGCUCACCUGGGCUGACAACACUGCCAUCCGCAUUACAUCUCUUUUAAGGAACGUCAGUGGUGUGCAGUGGAAAACAAACAUCCGGCACAUAGAGCAUGUUAAGUCAUAUGCACCUCAUGUUCACCAUGUUGUGCUGGACUUGGAGUGUAGACCGUCCUGAAUUAAAGAGGAAUGAACCCUGUGACACCAAACCAGCACCAUGUGCUGAACAGAAAAAAAGGUUAAACCUAUGAUCCAUAGGUUUUUCAGUGCAACCAAUCACUACACCAGCAGGAUUCUAUGAUCGUCACUUAUUUUAAUUGCUGCAGUGUUUUUAUAAACCUUUAUUUACCAAGGGAAGAUUCAUUAAGUGCAAAGGCUUUUCCUUACCAACACCUGGAAUCACACUUAAGCAGUUUUAAUCACGUAUGGAAACUUCCCAGUCAUACAUCAUCCACAGCUUAAUCUCUUACCUACUGGACAACUCUACGUGAGCACUAGGGGGUUAGGUGCCUUGCUCAAAGGCACCUCAUUGUUGUUACAGCAUACUAACUCGAUUUUCCUCUGAGUCUUCAGGUCUGAACCCAGUUGAACAGAUAUGGGAGAGUUUGGACCAAAAUAAGGGAAAAUCUUCCAGAUGAACAGUGUUCAUUCUUCCAGUAGUAAUCUCUGCCAAGGAGCACUAAAGCUGUUCUAACAGCUUGUGAUGGACAAGCAUGACUAAGAUGUUCAA